AUUUUUACAAAUAAAGAUAAAAAAAUUGAAUUGUUUAUUUUUCUGAAAUAAAGAUUUUUUAAUUGUCUAUAAAAUGUUGGUACUAGAAAUACUUGUUCUAUAUUUGAUGUCAAAAAUAAGAUAUUCUAAUACUUUUAAUAUAAGUGAAAAUUAUGAGGAUGUGCAAGCAUAUAAGAGUUUUAUUAGAGUAUUUAAUGAAAUCCCAACUUUAAGCAAUUUACCUCAAAAAGCAAUUUUGGAUGUACAUAUUGAUCAAUUUUUAUUUUCUAAUUCUCAGGAAGAAAUAACUGCUAUUGAGACUGAAAUAAGAAACUCAAAUAGCUUUAUACAAAAAAUCAACUGUUUAAAAUGUUCUUAUGGAUAUGUAAUUCUUAAAAUGUUACAUUAUUUGGAAAUAGUUAAACCUUUUUGUGAUUCUAUUAUCAAAAAUUAUAACAUCUAUAUCUGGCGAAUGUUAUCAGUGCUAUAUAUUGGUAAAAUUACUACUCCCCCAACACUAUUGGAUACAGCUAUUGAGAUAAGUUCAAUAAGAGAGGGUAAAAGUUUAAAUAGAUUGUUUGACAACAAAAUAAUGGGUAAUCUAAAGAGUUAUUUAUGUGAUUGUAUUGCAAAAUUUUACUUGCCAUUUAUAUUAACGGAUAAUUUAUCAUCCGUUAACAAAUUUUCUUUCAUAAGUCUUAGAAAAAACAUUGAAAAAUUGUUAGACAAUUUGAAACUAAUCGAAGGUAACGAUUUAGAAUACUCGGGUAUUUAUAGGUAUGGACCCGAGUUAGACAUUUUUAGCUUUUUCCAAAACAAUUUAAAUCGUCAUAAAGCACUCUUACCUCCGGGACAGUUUUGCAAGCAUAAUUUUUACGACCAAACAGAAUUUUGGGAUGUACUUUCGGAAUGUAUAGAAACAGUUAAAAAAAAAUGGGCAACCAAUUACUCAGCUAUUUUCCAGUACACAAAAUUUCUUAAGAAUACAUUGUUAAUGAUAAUGUCUUUUGUAGUGUUGCAAAAUUGUUUUUACAUUCAAAACGUGUGGUUUGAAAAAUCCAAAAAAUUAUAUUCAUCCCCAAACAAUAUAGAACAAUUGAGAAAAUCAAUAGAAGAUUUAUUACAGCCAUUAAUGAAAACAAUUAACGAAAUCUGUCAAAUAUUAGAUAUUGAAAACGAUCAAUAUUUUAAAAAUAUUGAAACUCAUUGGAAAUUAGACAAAAACGAUACAAAACAAAAUUUUGAACAUUUUGUAUUAAGUACGUUAAGAAUUCAUCAAUCAAACUUCAUAAAUUUAGGUUUAAAAUCAAAUCCAAUUAUACUUAAAGAAAAAAACACUAUUAAUAGUGCACAAGAAAUAAAAAACCUAAACCUUUUAUUAGAUAACUAUAAAAAGAUAUUCAAAAAAUGUUUAAUGCCAUUUGAUUUUAAAAAAAUUAAUUAUUUACAGCAAUGUUUUUAUGAAAAUUACCUAUCUUUUUAAAUACUUUUUUUUUUAGCUUUUUAAAUAAUUUUUAGCUCUUAUAACGUUGAUCAAUAUAUUUUAAUUUGAGUAUUUCAUUAUUUUAAAAAGAUUGAUGUGUAAAUUUUGUGAAUAAAAAAAAAUUAUUCAUUGUAAAUUUUAAUUUCAAUUUUACGAUAUUAUUAUAUCUUAAAAGAAAAAAUUAUCAAUACUGAUUAAAAAUACAAUUCAGUUACCUGCACAUAUUUGUU